AUGUCUGAUCCCGUCAGCACAAGAGAAUUGGACAUGCUUGAUCACGAGCCUCGGCAAAAAUCAGAACAGUCUCUUUGGGAAACGCACGAAGAGAAGAGAUUACCUCGAGAUCCUUCGCAAUGGAGGCCAUCGUUUCAUGUCACAGCACCUACAGGAUGGUUGAAUGACCCAUGUGGAUUAGGAUACGAUCCAACUACAGGGUUAUAUCAUUUGUGUUUCCAAUGGAACCCGCACGGGAAUGAUUGGGGCAAUAUCUCCUGGGGCCAUGCUACAUCCCCAGAUCUAGUGUCAUGGACGACAUCCACCGCUCCCAUUUUGACGCCCUCCGCUGAAUACGACUGCCGGGGCGUAUUUACAGGAUGUCUACAGGCAACCGAUGCCUCCGGACACCCGGGAGCUCUCACAAUCCUAUACACCUCAGUGAGCCAUCUCCCGCUCCACCACACCCUACCAUAUACACUCGGAAGUGAAUCUCUGAGUUUAGCUGUCUCACAAGAUGGAGGCAAGACCUGGCAACGCCAGGACUGCAACCCGGUUCUCAAUGGCCCGCCUUCACAUCUCAAUGUGACGGCCUGGAGAGAUCCUUUCAUCACAACUUGGGCCGGGGGACCUCUUUCCAAACACACACAAUCAGCACUAUAUGGUUUUAUAUCAGGAGGAAUCGCCAAGAAAACCCCAACAGUUUUUGUCUAUACUGUCCAAGCAACAGCCCUCGGCAAGUGGGAUUUUAUUGGCCCAUUGGUAGAUGUUGGCCUCAACCUACGACCAUCUCGCUGGUCUGGCGACUACGGCGUGAACUGGGAAGUCGCCAAUCUAAUGACCCUGACCGAUGACACCGGCACGUCUCGGGACUUUAUCAUCAUGGGAGCUGAAGGCUGUGUGCCGUUGGAUAACAUUUCUCUGGCCUCAUAUGCAUUCUCUGGUAUCUUCGAUCAUGGCUGCUACUAUGCGGCCAACUCAUUCUACGACCCUCAAACCUCGCAACAUAUCGUCUGUGGCUGGAUCACAGAAGAGGACCUGUCUGAUUCUCUGCGUCAUCGCCAAGGAUUCAGCGGCUUAAUUUCACUUCCUCGUGUGGUGGGACUGAUGACAUUGAAAAAUGUCAAAAAGGCACGGAGCUCGGAAUUGAGUUCAAUUACUUCAAUCAACGCAGUGCCCGAUGCACCUGGUACUGGUACCUUCACGAUCCAUACCAUGAAGAUUAGUCCAGAUAGCCGACUUACGCGACUGAGACAAAGUGCCCGGGAGAGCCACCUCGCUGGAAUUCCCCUGUCUACUUCACCAUCACAAGGUGCAAUGCUGUUAGGGACAUCUAAAUGGGAAAUCGAUGCCGAAUUUUCCGUCAGUAAAUCUUGUGCACGUGUGGGUAUCGAAAUCCUACACACCUCUGAUGGUCAAAACUGUACGACCCUUUCCUGGGAUCCACGAAGUGAGACCUUCGAAAUCCAUCGGCCUCUGAUCGACAACGCCGAAGUAAAUCACGGCUAUGAAACUGCUCCGCACACGCUGUUCACUUUCCUGAAUGAGCGUGGCGAGGAGAUUGAAGAGAGGCUUCGAGUACACGCCUUCUUUGACUCGAGUGUUUUAGAAGUGUUUGUAAAUGACAGAACGGUCAUCUCUACCCGAAUCUACCACCCAGCAGAUCAUUGCUUCGGACCACUGUUCUUCGCAGAGUCUGAUGCUAGGGUGGAUGAUGGGCAGGCAACUGCCGUCCUCGUGCGAGGAUCUAUUUGGGAUGGUCUUGGUGUACGAGGGUCAGUGAACCCACCCCCGAGGUUGUAG